UCGGUCUAGCUGUGGUUGGACUUCUGCGACAUAAUAUCACGGGCCGUCAGCACAACACCAACCCAAGAACUCAUGUGGUAAAUUGACUUACCUAGUAUUUUCUUCUUCACACGCCCUCACUUUAUUUACAAUACAAUAUGUAUGUAAUGCUUGAACCCUACUAUUAGAUCUAAACUCAAGAUCCAAUUCUCACUCUCCUUAAAUAACCUUUAUACUUUUUUAUUCAAUAAUUACAAAUUACAAUCACAAAAUUACCUUCUAUAUUCCUCAUCUCAUUCAUCACUCACCUCCAGAUACUCAAUAAACAAUUCUCGAGGCGCCCGUUCACCAACUUCUUCAAAUUGUACGACCUUCACUUGUCUUGUGUUAUUGUGCGACCAACGACCGUGGCUGGUGAUGCGAGAAAGCAGAUAAAUUAUUUUGAAGGUCGAUCUAAUAUAACGAAAUGACUUCCAGGGACAAUUCUCCGUCCAAAUUCCUUCAUUCCACAGAUAACGAAAAUCAUACAUUUCCCAAUCCGCACCUUGCGCCUUCAGAAUUAGGAGAUGGAGUUAGCGUUUUAUCGUCGCGAAUGACCGACAUAGCUUCAGAAGAAGGAGACAAUACAGAUACCUUUUCCGAUCCAGUUUCACACGGUCGCCGAUUAAGCCAACGUCAUAGCAUACAGACUGGAGAUGGAACCUCAAGGCCAGGUACAGGAGUCACGGCUGUUUCUUCUAGGGGAACUUUUGGUCAAGCUGCCUCGUCUCGAAGAGCUUAUCCCCCAGGAAUGAUUGCUCAACGGGGUUCCACCGCAGGACGACCCGUAAGCUCUAUCACCAAAACUCACGUACCAUCUUUAAGUUCCCAUGCCUUCUUUCGCCCGAUGAGCUCUCAGAGGCUUCAAGCGCAACGUGCAGGAUCUCGGCCAGUAACGUUAAUACAACAAGGAUUUGGUGAGGAUGGGUCUUUGGAUGGUGGAAGUGUAAGGCAGAGCUUGAAUUCAAAUAUUACUAUACCACAUCAAAUCAUCACUGAAGAUGCAGAUCUACCACCGCCGCCAUCUCGAGGGACCGAAGUGACAGAGCCUGGGACAGUAGACAUAGGUACUACAAACACAAGUCCUAUACAUGACCAUGCGGCUGAAAGCUUCACAGAGAGUGUCCGGCCCCUUCAAAAAGGUCUAGCAAACACAAAAGGGCUGAGUGUAAAUAUCGAUAAGGGUUACAAGAACGGCAGCUCGACUCCAAAAUCUCCGCGAUCUUUCCAUUCAAAUUUCCUGAUGCCGGCGAGGAACGACGGGCCUGCCGGAAGCGUUAGUCCUAGCCGCAGCAAUCAAGGCCGCGAAAAGCUCUCGUCUGUCGCCUCUUCACCAGGCUUCAACCCCGCGGAUGCGCAACAAAGGAAUAAGCAGACUCCAGACCUUGGUAAAAACCAUCAAUAUUUUACUGGUAACACAGUAUUUUUCUGGGGAGGUCGACUACAGAAUACUCGAUAUAGACCCAUCAACAUUGCCACUGGAUUGUUCGUUCUUGUUCCAUCAAUCCUUUUUUAUGUCUUCUCGGCCCCAUUCCUAUGGCAUCAUGUUUCGCCCGCGGUACCCAUUUUGUACGCCUACGUUUUUUACAUUUGCAUGUCCUCUUUUAUACAUGCAUCAGUGUCUGAUCCCGGAGUAUGUAUCAGUCUCAACUUCUGCAAAGUCAUUUGAUCAAAGCUAACAUUUCCUAGAUCCUACCAAGAAAUAUACACCCAAUGCCACCAGCAGAUGAGAAUGAAGAUCCGCUCCGACUAGCUCCACCCCAAAAUGAUUGGACUAUGAUCAAAUCGGCUAAAUCUAGUACGGCUGCAAUGGAAGUACCUACGAAAUACUGUAAGACUUGCAACAUCUGGCGACCACCCAGGGGACAUCAUUGUCGCGUUUGUGACAAUUGUAUUGAGACCCAGGAUCACCAUUGCGUUUGGCUAAAUAAUUGUGUUGGGCGUCGAAACUACCGAUACUUUUUCACAUUUGUAACUUCGGGUACAAUUCUUGGAACAUUCCUCCUCGCUGCAAGUAUAGCACAAAUUAUUGUUUACGGACAUCAACAGGGCAUUUCAUUCGGUGCUUCGAUAAAUCAUUGGAGAGUUCCCUUCGCAAUGUUUAUUUAUGGUCUCCUCGCUACUCCGUAUCCAUUCGCAUUGAUGAUGUAUCACUUCUUUCUCAUGGGCCGAGGCGAGACAACACGUGAAUAUCUCAAUUCACAUAAAUUCAUCAAGAAAGAUCGCCAUCGUCCUUUCACUCAGGGAAGUGUUGUUAGCAAUUGGAUUGCUGUACUUUGUCGCCCACGACCUCCAACGUAUCUAAGUUUCAAACAAAAAUACGAGGAAGGCGAUCAACGAUUUGGCGAGCGAAGGGGAAAGCGGACUCCUCCUCUUACAAAGAAAUUUCAGGGGGGGGGAAACAAUAUGGAAAUGGAAAAUGUUCAUAUCCCGGAAGGAGAAGGUUUUCAAGGCCCUACAGCUUUGAGACCGACGACUUAAGGGGUUGAUGUAUAUUUGGCUGGGUGUUUGGGAGGGGAAUUCUUUUUUGCUUUUUAAGUGUUCCACUGACGUUAGAUACCUUUUUCUUUGCAUAUUUAUAUUACCAUGGUGAGAUCAUACGUGUAUCUAAUAUUGUAUUAUUUUUGGAGGAAAAUAUAUAGGAGAGGAAGAUAAGAGGAGAUGAUAAUUUACAGAAAUCAUCAAAUCGUAGCCACUGCAGGCGGUGUUGACGAUAGAUGAGAGAAGAGGAGAGAAGCCCGAGAAGAUGUAGUAAUUGUUACCUACUUCCCUAUAAGGAGAAGGAGAAUGGGCAGUGGAAAGAGAUGAAAAGGAGGGAAGAAAGAUUGAAAAUAGGCGAGGAUUUUGAGAUGGCUGUUUUUUGUAAGACUAAAUUAGAUUACUUAAAUGGCUCUUUGUUUAUCUACUCGAGUAAUGAUUCA